CCAGAGGAAUCGUGUGUCCCAGAUCCAAGCGCUCCUGAGCCAGAACCUGAAGUGACAUCAGAGCUUUUAAGGUUGGAAAACUACAUCCGUCUAAACGUGUCCCAGCUGGAGGAUCGUUUGAGGGAAUGUACACUGUCCAAGACUCCUGUCACUGAGGUCUGGCCCAGGGUCUUCAUUGGAAAUGAAGAGACUGCAUGGGGACCGAGAUAAACUGAAGGAGAUGGGAAUUACGCAUAUCCUAAACGCUGCAGCGGCCAAGAAGGACCUGAAGUUCUUGUUGGGAAUGGCAAGCGAGAAAAACCUACUAGGAACGGUCAAUACAGGGUCCAGAUAUUACAGCGGCAUGAACAUCACUUACUGUGGCUUGCCUUCGUUCAGACACUGGGCCAACAUCAGCAAGUACUUCUUGCCAGCAGCCAAAUUUAUCCAUAAGGCCUUGAGGAACCCAACGAGUAAGGUUUUGACUCACUGCACACAGGGCCUCAGCCACUCGGCGACUGUUUCUGGCUUAUCUGAUGAUUUGCCAUGACAUGAUGGUGGAGAAGGUCAUUGAUCACGUCAUAAAGGUGAGAUGCAUCAAGCCCUAUUUCGGCCAUCUGAAGCACCUGGCGUUCCUCAAUGCCGAACUUGUGCUGCAGCAAAAGCUAAAGUUACAGGGCAAAAAAACAGACAAAAAGAUGAAAAAAUGGCAGAUAAAAGCAAAAUAGAACACAGAUUUAAA